AACUGGUAACCAGAUGAUGGCGCUGUUGAGGUCGAAGCUUCCUGUGGUCCUGUAUGGAGUCCUCCUGUGGAGCUCUUUUGCAACGCUUCCUCUCACCAUCAGUACGAGGCAAACCUCACACAGCGCCAGAUCAGUGGUGCAGACCAGCAGCAACUCCUGGAGGAAACGGGAAGUAAGAGACGGAGAAUACCUGCUGGGGAUAAAGAGACUAAGAAAGCUUUACUGUAAUGUAGGAAUUGGCUUCCACAUCCAGGUCCUACCUAACGGGAAGAUAUCAGGAGUACAUAAUGAGAACAAAUACAGUCUUAUAGAAAUUUCUCCAGUGGAGAGAGGAGUGGUGUCUCUGUAUGGGGUGACAAGUGGCCUCUUCAUCGCCAUGAGUGGCAAAGGCAAACUCUACGGUUCGGGUCACUAUAACGAUGAAUGCAAGUUCAAGGAGAGUCUUCUGGCUAACAACUACAACGCCUAUGAAUCAGCUGCCCACCCUGGCAUGUACAUCGGCCUCAGCAAGAUCGGCAAAACGAAACGAGGCAACCGGGUGACGCCCACCAUGACCAUGACACACUUCCUUCCCAGGAUAUGAUUACAAGAAGCACAGAACUGAUUUUACUGGCAUCUUGUCCCGCUGCAGCUACCCAAGCAAACCGCGAUGGAGAACUCGUAGUCGAAGAUUUUCUUCGAGAUAUUACAAACCAACCGGUGACUGAAGCAACGUUUAUAUGAACUGCAGGGAUGUGCAUCAACAAGGCCGGGAAUGGA